CUUGCCGAGAGAUUUUGUUCGGCCCACCACGGCCCGUCCACUCCAGCUCCGGUCACGGUUUGAAUACUCCAGGUAUUCACGAUCGGUGCGAUUGAGCCGAAGAAGCUCCGCUGUACUGCUUAGCGCACCCUAAAAUGAUCGGGUCGUCGCACCUCAGCGGGCAGACAUCAUCAGCACCGUGCUCAAGCCCGAAAGAGUCAUGCCGCCCGGCUAGGUUACUGUCUCAUAAGAUGCCAAGCUGACCCUGACCCACUACUUCCACCGAAUUUCACCCACUCUCUCUAUAGCCAACCCUUCCCCAAUCACCUGAACCUCCUGAAGAUGAUCGCUCUCAAGCUUAUGCUAGUCCUGUUUGCCCUGGUAACGCUGUCCUUCGUCUCGGUUUCCGCUGCCGAUAACAUCUUUAUAUGCGAGUCUGGAUCGAGCAACGUCACCUGCUGUGCGAGUGCCGACGAGGUCGAAUUGAUUCAAAAGCACAAAUGCACGGAUCAGAACAUGGCGUGCACCGCAGCAGUCCAGAUCAAGCAGGGCAAGUGCAACAACAGAUUGUGGAGUGACCCAAACAAGCUUUCUGAGCUCCACUGCACGCCGACGAUAAAUGGACAGCCGCUUGCAGGGUCUAAGGAAUUCAAGUGCUGCGGAAAGAACACGGAGCUUGCCCAGUAUAAUGCUAAUUGCACCAUCGUUGGAGAUUGCCCUGCGGACGGAUUGAACCGUUGCGCUAUCGAUAAGACCAAGUGGUACCGCCUCGACCUGCUGUUCGACCAUUACCUUUGA